AUGGAUUUUUAGGUUAAACUGAAAUUGAGCAUUUUAAUAUUAUUUGUACCUGUUGGUUUUAUUGCUUUACUGCAAAUAAUAACUUUAAAUGUAAUAUUUAUCACAAACUUCUCUGAUUAAGCUAACCAAUUAUCAUUUGCAAUCUAUAAUGAAACAACUUAAACUACUCUUAGAUUCAGUCAUUAACUUGAAAUGAUAAAUUUAGGUAUCAAAGCUAAUGUUGCCUUUAUUCUAUAAGAUUUAAUGAUGUCUAAUUAAUAAUUAGAGUUCAGUAAUAAAUUGGACUAGAUUAAUGGGUUCUUACAUCCCUUAAUAAAAAGAGGCACUAUUGAAAACUUUAAAAUUAUAUGCAAAGAUUCAUAUGAAUACUCAAUGUAGCAAAUAGAUAGUCAAUAUGAAUUAUGGAAUUCAACUAAUUAGGUUUUCAUUGAUUUAUAUUAGCAUAACUUUCGAUUUAUUUUAAACUACAAUAAUAAUAAUCAUUGUAAUAUAUAAACAUUUUAAUCUAUUGUAAAGUUGAUUAAUUAAGCAUAUAGCAAUUAUGAAAUAUUGUAUAAUCAAUUAAACUAUUUCAUGAUUAAUGAAUAAUUUUAUUAAUUCAUUAAUAAUGAAUUCUAGCCUAUUGAAAUAAAUAAAUUAGAAGAUUAUUAUGGAAAAUUUAUAGAUGAAUUAAUAAUUAAAUAAGAUUUUGAUAAUUAUAACUGUUUAAUCAAAGAUACCUUAAUAUAGUAUUAUUAGCAAAAGUAUUUCAUAUAUGGUUGGUUCUAUUCAAUUUAAAAAUAAUACAUUAAAUGUUCAAAAUAACACAUAUCAAAAUUAUUAGCAAUAAAGAUUUUUGAUACUGUAAAAUUCAAAUAAUUAGCAGGUUCUUCUGAAAAUGAAACAAAUCAUAAUGUCUCAUUAAUUAUUGCUCAAUCUAUUGUGAGUUUAACCUUUUUAUUGUAUGUAUGGACAAUAUCUAUAAAGGUUGCCAAUUCUUUUUGUCUUCCUCUUUAAAAAUUGGCAAUAUAAUUAUAAAAUCCCUUAAAAUAUCCUUUUAAUUCAAUGCCACUUAAGUAAAAUGAAUAAAAUUGUAAAGAAAUUAAUCGUCUUUAAGAAAGUCUACAAAUUUAUCUGUAUUAUUAUUAGCUUCUAAAAUAAUAACAUUUCUAUUCUGAUCAAGAUUAAGGGUCACAUUAUUUAAUGACUUUAUCUUAGCUUAAUGAGUUGUAUAAAUAUCAUAAAAAUAAUUGGUAAGUUAGUGUUUGUGCUAAUAACAUUGCAUAAGUACAUUUCAAGAACAAGAGAUAUACUGAAGCACUCAGAUUUCAAGUAAAAUCUGUAAUAUUUGGAUUUGAAGAAUAUACAAGUAUAAAAUAAAUUGAAAAAAUAAGAAAAUAAUUACUAAAUAGUUAGAAAUCUAUAUUAAUGUAAUUAAAAAAGAAAUUAACACGAUUUGUCAUUAAUAAAUUAGCAGGAAGUACUUAUAUAUUGCAAUCUGAACACAUGAAUAGAAAUAGAUAUUAAUCAAUUAUGUUAUAAAAUUCAUAUAAAUAAUCAGAAAUUCAAUAAAUUUAAAUAACUGAUAGAUUGGCUUUAACUAAUUAGAAAAAGUAUGAAAACUCUUUGGAAAAGAUUAUUUAUCAAGAACAAUUAGAUAUGUAAUAAGAUAAAUAUAAGGAAGAAAAGAGAUUUUACAAAUUAACCAUAUUAUUUAGGAAGUAUACAUUUUGUAGGAUGUUAUAUAAAUUUUGCAUUAAAGAAUAGCCCAGUUUUUUAAAUGAAACUAUUUGUUCACUUAAUGAAUUAUAUGAGGAAAUCUCAAAUAAAAGCUAUUCUGAUAAUAGAUCAAUUAUAGGAAUGAAAAUAUAGUUAUUAAUUAUGAAGUUUUGUUGCUUUAAAAAAUUAAAUUUGAUAGAUAAGGCUCAAUCAGACUUAUAUUCAAUUAAAAUACUAUAUUCACAAUAUGUGAUAUCUGAGAAGUCUAAAUUAGUUUUAAAUGGAUUUGAUAUAUUUAAAUUGACAUCAAAAGAAAUCAUAUAAAAUGCUAUUAGAAAAUUGAAAAUAUGUUUAUUAAUGCAACAUAAAUAAUAUUAAUGUGCAAGUGAAAAAUGCAUAAAAAUUAUUAAAAGAAAUAGUUAGAAUAUUUAUAGAUUGAAUUCAUUUGCAUAUAAGACUCUAUAGAACAUUUUCUUAUAAUUGAAUCUUAAUUAGAGUGUAUUAUAAAAAUUGUAUCAAGAUAUAAAUUCAAGAAAAUUUAAGAUAUUCUUUUUAAUUGAUUAUUCAUCUAAAGUUUCUUUGGAAUAAAUAUAAGUAUCACAUUCUAUAUGUGCUUAUACAUUAUAAAAAUUAAAAAAUUUAAGAGAAGUAGGUUUAUAUAUAUUUAAUGAUUCUUUAUAUGAGAUGCUUCCAGCUUCAUAAUCUAUAAAAUAUAGGAAAUUCUUAUUGAAAUAAUUUGAGAGAUUCUAAAUUUUGAAAGGAGGUGAAUGUAAAAUUUAAGAAUGUCUUUACAAUUUAUUAAAAUAUAAAUUGAGUACUUAUUCUAAAUAAAAUGGUAAUGAUAUAAAACAAUCUUAUUAAUCUAUUACAAUUCCACGAAUAUCAUAAGAAUAUUAAGAAUUUACGGAUAUAAUGCAAAGUUAUGUUUGUAUUUUCUCUGAGUUUUCUACAAAUAUUAAUGAAGAUUUGUUGGAGAAGAUUUAAAAAUAUACUUAAAGAGAAGAUAUAAAUUUGGUUUUUUUUAAUAUAGCAAAUUCAAAUAUAAAUCAUGGGUAAGCCAAGUAUUUUGCUAAAUAGUUGAAUGCUUAUUAUGUUGAAAGUGAAGUAGAAACAAAGAGAUGGAUUUCUCACUUGAAUUAAUCUUCUAUUCCUAUUCAUACAUAAGGAUAUGUUGAAUUUUUGUGA